CUUCUCUCAAGCAGUCUGGAGGCAGGAAACCAAGGGGUUGCACCCAGGGAACAUCCCCCCAUCUUUCUUCCUUCUGUCAGACAUAUCCAAACUUACUGGUGCUGACCCACACAGCUGGUGGGAUGCUGGCCUUUCUGAGGGGAACUGUGCAGCUGGUGACUGUCAGCAGGAUUAGGGGUAUUCUCCAGAGACGCAACUGCAGCAUCUACAGCAAGCCACCAAAAAACAAGAUUGGACCUGGGCAAAGUUUCUUUAUCAUGUCUGUGUUUGCUGUUUCCCUCCUGGCCCCUGCUGGGUGGAUCCUGCACCACAUCCCAGAGUAUCGCCAGAGACCAAAACCCCCACCUUCUUGAAGAAAGCACAUUUCCACCUUGGCCAACUUACCUGGUGUCAUAUAGCUGACUUCAGACAGACCUGGCUGUCUCUAAGGCAUUAUUCACCUUCAGUGGAAAAUUCACAUAAAUGAACGAAAACAUAGAUCUUAGAACAACAUCACAAGUAAUAGAAGUCCCACUGUUUAUGAGAUUUAAUGAGAAAUGUAAUUCUGUGGUUUUUAAUGCCUCAGGACUGUGGCCCUUAAUGCCACUGUAAGCAAUGUUUUCAGUGGCCCUUAGAACAAUAAAGUUUUUUCAAACCAA